ACGCUUUUCCUUCCGUCCAGAACCAGAUCCUUAUUGUCAAGCUGAGUACACUUUCUGUCCCACUGGCUCGCCGAUCCCAGUUAUGAAGAAUGAUGAUGUCAUUGAAGUCUUUCGACUACAAGCUCCAGUAUGGGAAUUUAAAUACGGGGACCUGCUGGGACAUUUUAAAAUUAUGCAUGAUGCCAUUGGAUUCAGGAAUACCUUAACUGGCAAGAACUACACAAUGGAAUGGUAUGAACUUUUCCAACUUGGCAACUGUACGUUUCCCCAUCUCAGACCUGAAAUGAACGCCCCUUUCUGGUGUAAUCAAGGAGCUGCUUGCUUUUUUGAAGGAAUUGAUGAUGCCCACUGGAAGGAAAAUGGGACAUUAGUUCUAGUAGCAACCAUAUCAGGAGACACGUUUAACAAAAUGGCAAAGUGGGUGAAACAGGACAAUGAAACAGGAAUUUAUUAUGAGACAUGGACUGUCCAAGCCAGCCCAGGAAAAGGGGCGGAGACCUGGUUUGAAUCCUUUGACUGUUCAAAGUUUGUGUUACGGACAUAUGAGAAAUUAGCUGAACUUGGAGCAGAGUUCAACAAGAUAGAAACCAAGUAUACAAGGAUAGUUCUUUACAGUGGAGAACCUACUUAUUUGGGAAAUGAAACAUUUAUUUUUGGGCCAACGGGAAAUAAGACUCUUGCUUUAGCCAUAAAAAGAUUUUACUACCCUUUCAAACCACACUUGUCAACUAAAGAAUUUCUGUUGAGUCUCUUGCAAAUUUUUGAUUCAGUGAUUAUGCACAGACAGUUCUAUUUGUUUUAUAAUUUUGAGUAUUGGUUUUUACCUAUGAAGUUCCCUUUUGUUAAAAUAACAUAUGAAGAAAUCCCUUUACCUAACAGACACAAAACAUUCACUGAAUUAUAAAACCUUAAUUCUACUUACUGUUUUUUUUUCCUCUACCAGCAUCUGCUUUUUAGGGGGUGAUUUUACAUUUGUGGAUUUCUUAGCCUUUCUUCCUCAGGUAAAAUGCACAUUGGUAGAACUGUUAUUUAUUAAUAUCUCAAGAGUAUUAUUGGAAAGAAGCUGAAAUUCUGUUAUAUUGGCUAAAAUGAACAUGUUAAGUGAUCUUGAUUUCAAUUCCCAAGCCUGUUAAUAUGAAGAACGACAGUUCAUGUGCAGUAUUUAUGUUUCAUUGAUUCCAAUAGUGACAUUUUCAUGGUAGAAGCUAUUUUUUUCUAACAUGGUAGUUACACCUUUUCAUGCAAGCGCUUUUUGUUAGCUUAGACUUCAAUGCUUUUGUAACUUCUGAAAGCAGGACUAAAUACUCUGAUUGUGUUCUAUUCAUUUAACUUGAAAGACUUGUUUGGGCAACGUAGCUAGAUUUUGCUCCCAUAUGUGAUAAAGUGUUAAGAGCAAAAUUUCUGUCAUGUAGUUUAUAACUGGUUUUAUGAUUUAAGCAAUUUAACAUUGUUUUCUGAUCUCUAAAAUGGACUUGUCAGGACUGUCAUAAAGAUUGAUGUUACGUGUAUUUGGCAUAGUGAGGUCACAAUGGUGGCUAUAAUGAUUAAUCAGAGUGUCAUCUUUGAUCUUAACUAAUGUAGGUUACAUGCCAGCUGUCCUAGAUUUUGUAAUCACCUAGACUUUGAGCUGAUAGUGAAGUACUUCAGUUCUUCAACCAUGUGGGGCACGGAAUUAUCUAGCUGCAGAUACGUCUGGGUGGACAGGUACCUCUAACUCCUUCCAUUUUCUGUGGUACUCCCUUCUCCCAGUGCAGUGCAAGAGUGCACUUUGUUUGCAGAAACGAGAUUUCUAAGUCACUGUUUAUGUUAGAGGCACCAAACAAGCUUUCAAGAUCUUUUAAGUAUAUUGUGAUCAACUGAAUGCAUUUUUUUCUAUUCAUGAAAAAUACACCAGUAAGAUAGAGAUCAGAGGAAACAAUCUGUUUCAUAUGUAAAUGGACCAAUUAUGUUCUUGUUUCAGCUAACAUUGGAGUGUUUCCUGAGAGGUUAGUACAUUAUUGAGCUCUCAUAGAAGCCUAAUCAUAUUAUUUACCUCAUCCAAAUGAGUAAAUUGGGGUCUAUAAAGGUUAAGUGACCUUUUCCAUGGUUACCUAUUAGUAAGCCAGAUAUUAAAUUCAGGUUCUGCUGAUGAAAUUAGAUACUGAAGUUUUUCAGUAUUAUUGAAAUGUGCAGUCCCUGGACCGGUGCCUGGCUACCAAAUGUUACUGGUCUGUGAAGUAAGUGAAGCUACCAGAGGAAACAUUUAGAAACUUUUAAAGCACCAUUGUUUCUGUUGAAUCAACAGAAAAAAACCUCUGAGAGCUUGUAUUUUGUAUGUCCUUGUUAUUUGUCUAGACAUUAUUUAUUGUUUAACUGUGGGCCUGAGUCUGCAAAUAAAAACUCCAGUCACCACAGCUUGAGUAGCACUGUACUGUUCUGCCUAGUCUUCCUCAAAAGCACAGGUGGAAUUUUCUUCCACUGCCUGCCACUUCCACAGCCCCCUACAGUGCCUAAACCAUUCCCAAUUAGGGUUGCCUAUUUAACCUGUUUUAGGAGUGUCACAAGAAACUGCAUUAUCACCAUCUAGUGGCUAAACUCAGGCAAUACCAGUUCUACCAGAUUCUUGAAACUGCACUGGCAAGUUAUUUUGGAUUUCCAGAUCUGCACUCAUGAUAAGCAAAUAUUCAGGUAGCAAGUUUGUGUCAAUUGCAAAUCUCAGAACUUGGUUCCACAGCAAAAAUAAAGCCAUUUGUACAUGGAACUUGAGUUUUAAAGCAGGAUUCUGUUAUAAAAACACUGAAGAUUUUUCAUUUGUUCCUAAGAAUAUAAACAAAUUGAAAAUAUUGUCAAAAAACUAUAUAGAUUCAGAUGGUAACAGCAGAGAAGGCAUAGUAUUCACAAAAAUAUUUAAUGUUUUAGAAUUUAUGAAACUGGUCAAGUGUAUUUACAAUAAACUUUCAAGCAGUGAUGAUUCAAGAUGGUAGUUGGAAAACCAAAACAAGCCUGGGCAGAAAUCUGCCAAUUAAAUUUUGCUACUCUUUGAGCUACUGUAUAACUUACAUGUGAUUUCUAUUAUAUUGCUGAAAUUAUAAAUAUAUAAAAUUUCUUCUAAGAGAAAAUUUUGAUUAUGACACAGAGUAAAUACAUCCUAAUUAAUGUGGCUCAAUAUCAGGUAAAUUUACCUAUAAAAUGUUAUCUAAAUAUUGCAGAUAGAAAAAAACAGUCAAAAGGUCAAAAUAAGUGUUUGGAACCCUCAAUCAGUACUGGCUCUGUGUUAAAAUUCAGAAAUAAAGUUACAAAUAUUAGCAAACUUUUAUUCAGCUUUAUAGUCUGCUCCAUUAGCACUUAGUGAAUAAUAAAUUCUUGGCAUGCUGUACAGAAAAUAAUGUUCUAAAACCUCCCAUAUUUUCCCGUUCAAAGGGGAAAGUAAGUGGAAAUUUUUGUUUCUACCAUCUUCCUUACAUUUACCCUUUAUCAUCAAGCAGUCUUGUACCCUUCAAAUUUAUCUUUUCUAAAUUUUCUCUCUCCUAUUUAAGAAUAUGUGCUUUUUUUGGACUGGAUAUUCUAAGGAUAAGCUCUUCAUUCACUCUCAGAGUAUACAAUUUUGUGUACUUUUAAAGAAAGUUAGGCACCAGCACAUAGGUGGGACUUGCCUGAAUGCUUAGUAACAUUAAAAUUAGCCCUACAGAUAAACUGGGGUUUUUAAUAAAUACGAAAAAUUCUUUUUAGACUGCAGUAAUUUUCAGUCAUGCCUGCGUUUUAUUUUAUGAGUGUUAAAGUAGCCUAAAUCACCCACAUAAAUUGUAGAUAUUUUCUGAAACACGUUGCCAGGAUAUGAAAAUUUCUGUAAUUUAAAGAGGUUAGCUGUAUUUAAGGAUUGUGACUGAGUACUGUAUUUCCAAAGUGCCAAAAAAAACCUAUUAUAAGUUAACUUUUCUGUUUUCAAAUUUUAAAAAAUUAGUAAAUUUAUAUUUUAUAUAAAUUUCAUAGGCAUCAGAGCAGAAUUCAAGAAUAGACUCCAAAUGCCUAACCCUGUAUCUUUCAAAAAAGCACCUACCAUAAACAGUAUUUAAUAUUAAAUAUUUUACAUCAAAUAAGGCUUUGAAACUAAAACCCUAAGUGUGUAAAUUUAAGUAGUAGUAUUUAAGUCAAAUAUGUAUGUGUGGGAAAAAAUUUUAAUACAACAGUAUUAGUAACUAUCUUUAUUCUCAAGUUGAUAAAAGCAUUUAACAUGUAUUUUACAGUAUAAACAAAUUAAGUGCUAUGCAUUUUGCUUAUAAAGUGACAAAGUAUUUCAAGCAUUAUAUAAUUUGUACAAAAAGUAAAUUUUCAAAUAAAGCUUUGGUUAGUAGAA